GCAUCGGGACGAGAUGGUCCACUGCCACCUGGGCCUGUAGCUCCGAGUGCACAGAAACCGGAGAGGGCACGUCGACGUCGCCGAUCUGCUCCCACUGACAGCCAGGAGGUGGCGUCGCGGCGAGUUGCUCCGCCCCCACGGCGCACGGCAGCCAAGUCUGCCCCGGCACCGCCAUCCGGCUUGGCUCCAACUACAGACGUUCUGACUGUGGAGCUGACUGAGGCCGAGCAGAACGAGCUGAAAGAAAGCGUUGUGGAUCAUGUGAGGAAAGUGACCGUGCAAGCAGACGACGACGAGCCAGACAUUUUGGCCGAGUUCGUCUGUGUGCUCCUAGAUCGGAGGAAAUCCAGCCCUGAGAUGCUGGAGGAGUUGUCUCUAAUGGACGACGAGGCUCAGCCGUUUGUCGCGUGGCUACAGAAGGAAAAGGCAAGUAUUCUGGCAAGGAGGCCGCCCCCGGCGCCGGCUGCAAAAGUGCAGGCACCGCCGGACAGACCACCGGGGCAGUUCACGCCGCUGCCACCCCGCAGCCAUGCAAUGCUAACGCCCAAUGCCGUGACGGCUUCGCUUGAGGAGUCAGGGAAGGCAGGGGACCGCUCUCAAGACAGAGGACUUGUUGUCAUCACGAACCGCUUGAUUCUGCAGCCGAACACAGGACACGGUGGACACAGUGCACAUACCGCGCAAUCCGGCCACGGCCCCGGCGGACCCAGUGGACACCGGCAGCCAGAGGUGGUGGAUUGCGAAAGAGUUUCGGCUGCCUCUGCAGCCGAGAAGAAGGCCGAGGAAGCAUACCAGAAAAAAAUGGAGCUGCUCGCCGAGAUGACGAAAGAGCUGCAGGUGAUCCUGCACCGGCUUUCGGACAAGAGCUUAAGCGACAGCAUGCGGGAGAGGUACCAAGGCUUUGCGCAGACGAUUCAGAAUCGAAUGUCGUCUCUGUCUCGCCCUGCUGCCGCAGAAAAGGCAGAGAAGGCCUAUGCACAGGCAGUUCAGGAGGCGGCAGCGGCCGCUGCGGCUGCUGCCCCAGCGGCAGCAGGGGGCAACUCGCCAACAAUGUCACCGGCUGCCUCACCAGUGCCUCGGAGUGGAGCGGUGCCUUCUCUGCCGGGGCCCGCCCUCGCCGAAUCCGGGAGAGCCCCGCCACCAGAGGCAGUGCCCAGCUGA